CAGCAGCAAAGUUUGCUCUGUGUGUGAUAGGCAUGCUCUUUGGGAGAAUGGUUUUCUCCUUAGUGGAAACAACGACCCUGGAACCAUCACCAUCUUUACAUUUCCGAUCAGUCAGUGCUGGUGAAGACGUGACUUUGGAGUGUUUCUAUCAGGAGGGUGUAGCUGUGGUGUUUUACUGGUACAAACAAAGUUUGGGACAAAAACCAGAGCUGCUGUCUAAGUUCUAUAAGCAUAACAAAAAUGGCUCUCUGAUUGGUGAAUUUCAGAAUGAUCCACGCUAUAAGCUGGAAAUCAGAUCUGGGGAAUAUCACCUGAAGAUCAGCAAAGUAAAAUCAUCAGACUCUGCUUCUUACUACUGCAUGAGUGGAUAUUCUUAUAUAUUUGAAUUUAAAGAGAGCAUCAUCCUCCAUGUGAAGAGUUCAGGUGUGAGCGUCCCAGCUCUGGUCCAUCAGUCAGAGUCUGAAACCAUCCAGCCAGGAGGCUCUGUGACUCUGAGCUGUACAGUCCACACUGAGACCUGUGAUGGAGAACACAGUGUUUACUGGUUCAGAAACUCUGAGGAAGCUCAUCCAGGACUCAUUUACACCCAUGGAGGCAGGAAUGAUCAGUGUGAGAGGAACCCUCACUCACACACUCACACUUGUGUCUACAACUUGAACAUGAGGAGCCUGAAUCUUUCUCAUGCUGGGACCUACUACUGCGCUGUGGUCUCAUGUGGACACAUACUGUUUGGAAACGGGACCAAGCUGGACUUUGAGUCAGAUGAUGGUGUCUCUCUCUUCUUGGUGUAUUUACUCAGUGGAGCUUUGGCGUUCACCAUCAUGUUAGUUGUUCCCCUGGCUUUCACAGCAUGUGCAAAAGAGCAGUGCUCAGGCAGUCAUGCAAGAGCAUCCAGAGCCUCCACUGCAGCAGAAGGUUCUCAAGAUGCAGAUGACCUCCAAUAUGAAAAUCUAUGGAAGAACAAAGCCAACAGAUCACUGAGACAAAGGGACAGGACUUGGAGUGAAUGUGUGUACUACACUGUCAGACAGUGAAGAUGAUGUUUUCA